AGAAGCCCAUUACUUUUCUUUCCCGCCAAAAACCAUUUGGCUCCGAAGCGAGGUUUCUUCUCUGACCGACGAGCGGUUACGGUGGUGUACGCGGUGAUGGGUAUGUACGGAGACGGAAGCAGCGAUGGUGCAAGCAUGGCAUCGAAACGCCGUAGCUCAAUCGGUAUCGAUCGUAACGACAUCGAGAAAAUAUUAGCUGUAUAUUUUAGGGACAACGAGAACUCGGCCAUCGAUGAGGAGAAGUUGCUGCUCACGGCGGAGCUCAUCCGCAUAUUCUCCACACCGCGUGGCAGAGACAUAGUUUCCCAGGUAAAUGAAGAUGGUGGCGGUUCCUUCUCUUUGUCGCUUGAUCUCCAACAAUUCAAGAAAAUAUGCGAUAUCGAGAACUUUUUCAUAAACCUGGAGGAUAGUCCCAAAGGAGUUAUCCCAUGUAUGAAUGCUGCAGUUCACAAGGUUCUUUUGGGUCAAUGGGAGACUAAUGACUUUGAUAAUGUUGUGAAGAUCAAUACUCGUCUGUAUAAUUAUUCUGAAUCUUCAAUCUCCCUGAAAAACCUGAGAGCAGCAUAUAUUGGAAAGCUUGUAACAGUUCAUGGGACUGUUGUUAAAGUUAGUACUGUGAAGCCCCUUGUUACACAGAUGGCUUUUGACUGUGAAAAGUGCAAAACUAGCAUAAUCCGGGAAUUUACUGAUGGAAAGUUUUCACCUCCACAAAAAUGUGACUCCCAUGGAUGCAAGUCCAGAAUGUUUACUCCAGUCCGAUCCUCCGCUCAAACAAUUGACUUUCAGAAAAUCAGGGUCCAGGAGUUGCAAAAGCUUCAAGACCAUGAAGAAGGACGGGUACCCCGAACUGUAGAAUGUGAGCUGAUGGAUGACCUAGUGGACACAUGUAUCCCUGGUGAUGUGGUGACUGUUACUGGGAUCAUAGGAGUGAUUAAUAAUUACAUGGAUAUUGGCGGAGGUAAAUCGAAGUCCAAGAAUCAAGGAUUCUACUAUUUGUUUAUAGAGGCAGUUUCAGUAAAAAAUUCGAAGAAGCAGUCUGCAUUUGAGAACUCAGAAGACGACAGUAGCAAUGUUCAGUCUUCAGAUGUUGGUGACUUAUAUUCAUUCUCACAAAGAGAUUUGGAAUUUAUUGUGAAGUUCAAAGAAGAAUAUGGUUCUGAUACAUUCCGUCGCAUUCUUCAUUCAGUAUGCCCAUCUAUAUAUGGACAUGAAAUUGUCAAAGCUGGGAUAACACUAUCCCUUUUUGGAGGUGUAAGGAAGCAUUCCAUGGAUCGGAACAAAGUUCCAGUCAGAGGAGACAUUCAUGUCAUAAUCGUUGGUGACCCUGGAUUGGGCAAAAGUCAGCUCUUGCAAGCAGCAUCGGCCAUUUCCCCUCGUGGCAUCUAUGUAUGUGGUAAUGCGACGACUAAAGCAGGGCUCACCGUUGCUGUAGUAAAAGAUUCCAUGACAAAUGACUAUGCGUUUGAGGCUGGUGCCAUGGUACUUGCUGAUGGCGGGUUGUGCUGUAUUGACGAAUUCGAUAAAAUGACCACCGAGCAUCAGGCUUUGCUAGAAGCAAUGGAACAACAAUGUGUCUCUGUUGCAAAGGCUGGGCUUGUAGCUAGUCUAUCAGCUCGGACUUCUGUUAUAGCAGCAGCAAAUCCUGUUGGUGGCCACUACAACCGUGCAAAAACUGUAAACGAGAACUUAAAAAUGAGUGCUGCCCUUCUCUCGCGGUUUGAUUUAGUUUUCAUAUUGCUUGACAAACCUGAUGAGCUACUCGACAAACAAGUCUCAGAGCACAUUAUGUCGCUUCAUUCUGGAAGUGGAGAAACAUCACCUGCGUUAAAGAAGUUUAAGACAGCAUCAGGAUAUGCAAAUAUACAUGCGAAAGAGGGUUCUCUACUUUCAAGACUGCGGUUUGACUCUAAGAAAGAUGAUGACUUUACUCCCGUUCCUGGCCAAUUGCUUAGGAAAUAUAUUGCUUAUGCAAGGAAUUUUGUCAACCCGAAGAUGUCGAAGGCAGCUGGGGAGAUCAUACAGAAGUUUUACUUGAAGCUGAGAGACCAUAACACAUCCGCUGAUUCCACGCCAAUAACAGCAAGACAACUGGAAAGUUUGGUGAGGCUUGCGCAAGCUAGAGCUCGGGUUGACUUAAGGGAGGACAUAACAGUCCAGGACGCAAUGGAUGUGGUUGAAAUAAUGAAAGAAUCGUUGUAUGAUAAGUUCGUAGAUGAACAUGGGGUUGUGGAUUUUGGUCGGAGUGGAGGAAUGAGUCAACAAAAGGAGGCAAAACGUUUCUUAAGUGCUCUUGAUAAGCAAUCAGAAUUGCAGCAGAAAGAUUGUUUCUCUAUUUCUGAGAUGUAUAGUUUAGCUGAUAGGAUCGGCCUACGAGUUCCAGACAUCGAUACUUUCCUAGAGAACCUAAAUAUUGCCGGAUAUUUGCUUAAGAAAGGACCAAAGACUUACCAGGUCCUCUCCUCAUCUUAUUCCCGGAGUCAGUCAUCCAGAUCAAGAUGAUUACUUUUUAAGUAAAAUGUAGUAUGUUUUUACUAUUAUAUUGCUCAAACAUAAGUGAACCUGAUCAUCAAAUCAGUUUAUUGUAUAUUAUUAUGCAACGCCAGAAACCCCUUUAGUAUAAAUAUCACAUGGAAUUGUGUCGAAUGUUUAGGUCAUUGUUCAUUCACACCUACUGACUUUCAAAGUAUAGACGGCAUCUAACAUCUACAAAACAACCUAGUAUACAUUGGUGUAUGAGAGUAGCCUGAUCAGUAGGAUGAUCUAGUCUUCUCUUGGACCUAACUUCCACUCACUUCCAUAGUAAGAAUUAGGCAAACCAAGCCAAAACUUGAAAGCUUCAGCGGCUCUCUUUCGCUCUACCCGCCUAUCUAUCCUCGCCUGUGAAGCAUGUUUGCUAGUGAACAUCCUCGAGUGCAUCUCCACAUAGAUCUUCUUGUACUUGGUUUUGUUCGGAGGUAUCCCAUUCUCCUCCAUGCACGCUAUUAUCUCCAAUGCCUUCUUGAAAAAAGCAGCCCUCACGCAUAUAUCCGCAAGCAUAUCUAACAACCCUUCGUCCGGUUUCAGCAUCGGAGGAGAAGGAUCUCCUCCUUCAGUUUCUUCUCUCUUCUUCACCUCACACCUUUCCUUUAUUUCCUUCCAAAGCAAGAGCGCCUCGCCGGGUUUCCUCGCCAGAGAAACACCGUUGGCUAGACUCCCGUAGGUUGCCACAUUCGGGUAAAACCCGUUUUCUUUCAUUCUUGAAACCACUCUCUUUGCUUCUUCAAUCAAACCUAGCCUGCAAUACCCUUCGACCAACAUGUUCCACGCGAUCAAAUCAACUUUGACCCUUGGAUCCCUCAUCAUCUCAUCAAACACCCUAUUCGCCAACUUGGGUUGCCCGGACAUUGCAAAAGCCUUCAUCAAAGUCGUGUAACUAAUCUUGGUUGGCGCAAUCCCUCUCGUCCUCAUCUCGUUGAAGAACGACAAAGCUCCUGCGCUGUCAUCUAUAAGGAUGCAUCCAUCUAUAAUGAUGUUAUACGAAACCACAUCUGGCUCGAUCCCUGCAUCUUCAGCCAUCUCUCUCAGCAGAUCCUCCGCCUUGUCUAUCUGCAACUGCUUACAAUAUCCUUUGAGCAGGACAUUAUAAGUGACCCUAUUUGCAGGUACACCCAUCCGAGCCAUCUCAGCUAACACUUGUCGCGCUCUAUCCAUCAAGCCGGCUUUCACAAAAGCUGACACAACCGUGGUGUAUGUGACUUCAUCUGGAUGGCUAUUACUAUCAUCUUGACGCCUCAUUGCCUCCAGCAUUCUAGCUGUGUCCGCCACUCGCCCAUUCUUCAUAUAACCUUUCAUUAGCGUAGUGUAGAUCCUUGAAUCUGGUGCGAAAGCUUUAGGCAACAAUGGUGGCUUAUCACUCGGUUCAACAGAGUUAGGCAGCAGUUUCUUGAACACGUCCUCAGACACCUCUUCUUUCACCUCAUUUCGAGGCGAGUAACCACCAGAGUCCUCAUCGUCAUCCUCAAACGCAUCUUCGUCAUCUUCUGCUUCUUCCUCUUUUUUCUCCUUCAAAUCCUCUCCAUUGCAUUCUCGUAGAAUCUUGCAAAGAUCCCUCCUUUUCUCCCUCAUCGCUUGCACAAUUCUCUCUGCAGUUCUCAAAUCGCCAAACCCAACAUAAGCUGCGACGAGGGAAUGCAUCGUAGUCAUACAAACCUUAAUUCCCUUCUCAAUUGUCCUUUCCAAGACAAACACAAUCAGUUCCUUCCGAUCGACUCUUGCACAGAGCUUGAUCAUGACAUUGUAAGUCAACACAUCAGGUUCACAAUCCCACUCAGACAUUUCGUCGAACAGUUUCCAGUAUUUCUCAGUAUCACCGAGGUUUGCACAAGCGUUGAGCACGGCGUUGAAUGCCGCCGUGUCGGGCCUGGAUUGAGCGACCAAAGAUUGGUCGGCGAAGCGUCGGACUCGGCGGGUGAUAGCUGUAAAGAGUUUGAUAGAUUCCUCCGGUCCGUCGUCUCCGGCAGACGAGAGGCUAGCUACAGCGGCGCUCCACGCUUUAACGUGUGGUAAGUACCCGGAACGGAGCAUGGACUUGAUGACGGAGGCGGCGUAAAGAGUCUGGCCAGACUUCGCGGCAGCCAUGGCGAGGAGGCCGAGGGAAUUGGCGUCCAGGCGAUGGAGCUGGCGCUCAUUGCGGAGGCGCGUAAGGACAGACUGUGCGCGCGUGAGGCUCUCGGGCUUGGAUUGAUAAGACAACUGGGAAACUAAUCGGCUGAGGCAAGUGGGUCCAGGGAGAUGAGCGGAUUGAACAUACUUAGCCCAAGCUUCAUCGGUUCUUCUAUUGCGGAGGAGAGACAAAAGCUCUUGGUCGUUGUGUGUGGAAUACGCCUCUGGGGAAGAGCCCAAGAACGACGAGAGAUCUCCGGCGGAGCUGUUAGCAGUGCCGGAGGCGGACCGUACGAUAAACGGUCGGCGCGUGGGUCGACCAGCGACGGUGAAUGGUGGGAUGAUAGAGCAGGUGGAUAUGGGGCUGUGGGUGAGAGUAAAAGUCACCGGUGUGGUUAAUGGACCGGAGUUCGGGUACGGCGGAAACGACGACGAGGAAGACGGAGGUCGGAGAAUGUUCAUCUUCGGUCCAUUAGAGAGUGUGUGUGUGUGUAAAUGACUCCAAAUGGAUUAUUUGGGUGGAAAUGAGUUAUGCUACGUCGCCGUAUUAUAUGAUUCAACCAUCUGUUCUUUUCUUUUUUUUGUCA